AAUUUCCACUCAUUCGAUGAAAACAUGAGCCUAAUAUAAAACCAGUGGCAUUACUUUUUGAGCCGCCCUCGUAGAAUUGAAGUCUAUAACUUGAGACGAUAGUUAAACUCUUUAGAAAUGAGCAAGACAUUUUGUCAGAAAAUUAGCUGUUGACAAUUUUGGACAGCAGUACGGUAUGAAAAAAGACAAAAAUCUAAUUUUCCCGCCCAAACAAAAAUCGUCCACAGGUGCUCAUGCUAGAAGAGUAGCAAAACCAGUACAACAAGAUCUGAUGCAAAUAAAGACACCAAGGGGGCGUGAUGACAUGUGACAUGCCAGCAGUGAAAGUGUUCCACCAUUUUGUUGUCCUCAGGCUACAAUGUCUUCAGCUUAAUGGGAGACAUGGGGAACACUUCAAAAGUCCUUUAUGCACAGCAUGGCCCAAAUGUAUAACAUUAUAAAGUGCACAUUCAGCAAAAUGUGCAUGAUAUUAAGUGUUAUGUAAAAUACAUUCCUUUUCAUUACUGUGUAGGAAAUCUCUAAAUAAAUCAAAACCUUUCAGACCAUUUGUAUCUGAGAAGAAUUUCUUUGAGAGAACAGUAAGAGAUUUGAGAUCAUCCUAUUCUACAAUUGUCCUGCUUGGCUAGGUGUCAUACCAUGUCAGGUAAGGUCUGCAGCCUGAUGCCAGCUGUAAACUGAAGUCGAUGAAACCCUACAGAAACUACAGAAACAGCGAAGCUGACAGCAGAGAUCAUGUACAGUUAACGUGAGCUCUGAACUCUACUUGUCUGCAACAUGGAAACCAGUCCUGGAGCAGUCUGACUCGACCAAAGGACGCUGACCAACUGUGCACAAAAUGGCUGACAAUGCCGGCAAGGAAGCACCAAAGUCCGAUCCUUCAGACAUGAAGGAGGAGGGUACUGAAGACACUGAUGACCUGGCACAACAGUUUGACGGAGUGGCUGAGUCUCUCAAGGGGGUUACCAAGAACUGGAGUGAGCUGAAGGCAGCAGAAGGAAUCAUGGCAGCCAUGUUCUCUGGAGUUCUGAUCACAGUGGCCAGUAUAUACACCAGGCUGGCGGGAGACCAGGGCAUGCCGGCCAUCCACGCUAUCUUCAUGAACGAACUCAUGGCAGCGAUCGUCUAUCUGCCAAUACCCUUUCUCCUAGGGGCUCCCAUCACAGGGAACACAUGGACGACAGUUAUCAUGUUAGUCAUACUGGGUGUGGGUCGGAUGAUCGCGUUCAUCUGUUUCUUCGUCUCGGUGCUGUACAUCCCGCCUGCGAACAGUUUCGUGAUCCGACAUGGCAUCAUCCCGCUGCUGACGGCAUCCAUGGAGGUAGUCUUUCUACGGGUGGCACCGUCCGUCGCCGAGUGGGUCGGGAUCGGCUUGAGUAUCAUUGGUGUCAUCCUCACUGCGAGCGGCCGAUCGUGGUUGAAAGAGGAUGAGGAAUUGUACCUAAACAUCCUUGGCAACAUGCUGGCUGUCAUCUCUGCCUUUGGCCUGGCUGGACUGAUCAUCAUGACCCGUUACCUCCUAAAGACCCUCCCAAUAUGGACUCUACUGUUCUAUAUCAAACUCAUCGGUAUCGUGGUAGCUCUCCCACUUCUCUUCCUGGAUCCACCAUUUACUAGUGGGAUGAACUACGAUCUAAGCUAUUACCUUGUUGCCCAAGGCUUUCUGUAUACUGUUGGUAUAGGCAUCAUGUUCCAUAGUUUAACACUAGAGAAUGCCUCUACUGUGGCACUGGUGAAGAAUAUCAGUAUCCUUGUAGCAUUUGUAUUGGAACGUUAUGUACUUCAUAUCAUUCCAACAAUCAUGGAACUCUUAGGGGCUAUUCUUGUUAUUGGGAGCACUACUGUUGUGGCCAUUGUACUGUGGUUCAAAAAAUGGAAGGAACAAAGAAACAGAUAGGUGAUGUAAUAAUACAACAUGCUGUGCCAUACAUGUAGUGGGUGAUAAGCAUGCUUCAUGACCAUGGGGUCAGGGGUUCUAAACCCAGUCUACCCGAGAGUAUUAUGGACCCAGGGUACAUGGUGGUAGAGGUGUAGGGUUACAGUUACCUUUGGAGGGAACAAUUGUUCAUCAAAAGGUUGAUUUAACGCUUUUAUUGCCAUACACACUGGUUUUAACUAAUGGUGGAAACUAUGGGCAACACUUAGUACAUGAUAAAUACAACUGUAUAUCUUUUAUUUUCUGUAGCUAGAAGGUUUAAUAAAUGGUAGUGUCUGUCCUAAGGGCAGUGAAUAAAAUAAUAUUGAAGAUGGCUGGCUACAGACUAUUUACUUAAGAUAAGAUGAGAUACGUUUUUCCAAGGAGGUUAUAUCAUGAGGAUAUGUAUGUAUCCCCUGUACCCUUUCUCCUUUAGUCUCCAAGCAGACCCUACGGUGCCUUAGAGAUAGUAUCAAAGCUGGCAAGGGACUUAGUAUAGCGGCACCAGGUGCCCGUUUGACUCCCUUUGGCCAGCUAUACUCCUUGGCCAGCUUUGCUACCAUCUCUAAGCCACCGUAGCAUCUGCUUGGAGACUAGUCCCCUUACCUGUGUUCUGUUUUCCAGAACACCAUGAGGACAUGUAUGUAUCCCCUG